CUGGGUCACUUUAAAGGAGACCCAGGAGGAGGUUCCUUUUUGAGUUCCUGUUUUUGAUUUCCUGACACAUACUGUUUGCUUCUUUUAGUAAAUUUUACACUGCAGAGCAAAUACGGACUCUUCUUUGCAGAACAGAGUUACAGACGUAAAAGAUAUCUUCAGGUGUAUCGAGUUGAUCACGGAUGUUUGGAUAUUAAUGGAGGAGGCGUAUGCAGCACUGUACCAGGAGUUUGUCCGUCUCCAGUCACUCUGCUUAAAACAAGCAGCAAUAAUACAACAUCUCUCUGACACAAUACAACGACAGCAAGGUUUGGCCACGGCUCCAACUAGAAACUUUGAAAAGCCGUGUCAGUGCACAGAAGAAAGGUCAGCACAUCAACUCCUUCCUGCAGAAAGCUAUGAACACAAAGCUCUAGGACAUCCCACUGGACCACACAUACUGGACGCUCAACCUGGUAAUGAUCUCGGUCAUAUCGAUAGAGGACUAGACAAACUGCGUCUUAACCUGGACGUGCCAGAUCAGAAGCAGGCUGACCACGAUAAAGCAGUUUUCCACUAUCCGGUAAAGAUGGCAGAAAACAGUGCCUGGGAUGACCUGAGGAGAGUUGAGCAACAUUAUUAUGCUAACCAGACUUCACAAAGGCUGCGGAGGCCCUGGUCAUCCUCCUUUCUGGACAGUGAGUUGGUCAGUCAAGCCGGAGGGCUGUUCAUGUCUGAAGUCAUGCUGCAGUCUCAGGUGUGUGAGUUCUGUCACGCUGUGUUUCCUGGACACACAAGCACCCGCGGAGAGUUUCUGCGUCACCUCACUACUCAUAUGACCUGAAGGAAAGCAAUGCUGGGAAUCAAAUUCAUCAAAAAUGAAGAUGAGAUGAUAAGGGAACAAACACACUGAUAAUGUCAGUAAUGGACUAUCACUUGUUUGGGUUUGAAACUAACUGAGGUUUGGUCAGUGAUGAUGAAGAUUUUUUUAUUAAAUUGUAAAGCACACAAAGUUGUUGUGCAAGUGCUUAACAAAAGUAAGAAAAAAAAAAGUAUUGAGAAAGUAAGAAGAACUUGCAUGCACAUGUAUUUGUUGUUUCAUUUUAUCAUGAUGAUAAAAUGAUUCAUGUCCUGUUUUAAUCUUAGAAUUAUUUGGUUCCAUCACAAAAAGUGUCUGUUUUGUACCAGUAGAAACUGUGUGAACAUAUUAUUUUUAGAAUGAGUUACUGUUUUUACCCAAAUGCUGCAUUUUCACAACCAUAAAGCACAAGGUAAGAGUGUAGUGCUGUCUUAACAAUUAAGGAUUAAAUACACUGGAAAAUGUUAUAAUGCAGCGAAUCUUCCCAACUGAUGGCAUGAAUGCUGUAAAACCUCAGUUUAUCAGUAGUUAUGUUCACAUGAACACCACUGCUUUGAUAAUUGACAGCAAGGAAAGCUGGAUUAAGAUGUUUACGUGACAUGCCCAAAUCGCUUUAGUCUUGUUUACAUCCUACUUGAUGUUACUUUUUAGUAUUCACAAAAAAAGUGUUUUGUUGCAUUGAAACACAUGGACAUGCUCUUUUUGUAGACAGCACUUUUAUUGUUUCUUGAGCAAGCUAGCCUAAAGGGCUAUGUAUGAUUUCUUUUUUUUUUUUUUUUUAUUUUUUUUAUAAAACACUUGAAUAUUUUGAAGAAUGUUUUUUGUCACAAGGGUUUGAAACCGCACUGGACUCCCUUGAAUUUCAUUUCAUUUCAUAUAGACAAAAAACACUACAAAAUAUCUUUCAAAAUAUCCUUUUUUGUGUGUUUCACAGAAUAAAGAAUGGCUUGAUCUUUGGUUAA